CGGCAAUUGCGCAAAAUAUCACUGAAUUAUCAGACACGAGCUUGCUGACGAAAAUAUGUAUUCGUGAUAAACAAUUAGUGCGUUAUUACAUGUUUUAAGACACGCGGUAUGCUUAAUUGAACGUUUGUAAAUUCGCAAAUUUGUUUUUGUUGCCAUUGUAUUUAUUGUUACAUGGAAUUUUGCAAAAAUUGCAAAGUAAUGUAAUUAUUUAUCGCAGACUUACAUAAACAAACAGUUUUUGUGAUUUUUUAUCCUGCAGUUUAUAAAUUGAAGUGAGAGUUGACUUUUGAAUCAGAAGAAAGUUGAACUUCAGUGAUAACAUGGUUCUUUUAACGUCCAGUAUCCUUUUGGAUACUUUUUUGUUAAUAACAAGUGUAAUUUUUAUUGUUUACAAAUAUUUCACGUGGGAUUUUGAUUAUUGGAGUAAACGAAAUGUGAAAUUUAUUAAACCAACGCCAUUUAUUGGAAAUUUCGGUGAUGUGCUUGCAACGAAAAAAUCCAUCGGUGGAUUCCUUUCGGAUUUCUAUUUUAAAAUGCCUGGAUUAGAUUAUUUCGGAAUUUGGGUCUUCGGCACGCCGCAUUUGGUCGUGAGAAGUCCUGAAUUAAUCAAACACAUUCUCGUCAAAGAUUUCAAUAGUUUCAGCGAUCGUACAAUCGCCAGCGAUAAAAAUGCGGAUCCUAUAAUGGCGCAUGUUAUUUUCAUCAUGAAAAAUCCACUGUGGAAAGCUGUGCGCGCAAAAUUAACGCCGAUUUUCACCACGGGGAAAAUGAAGAAUAUGGUGCCAUUGAUUGCGGACGCUGGUGCAGCGAUGAAUAAAUACUUGUACAAACAGAGUAUGAUGAAUGAUGAAGUUGAAAUGAAAGAAGUCACAGCGAAGUUUACAACUGAUGUGAUUACGUCGUGCGUUUUCGGUGUGAAUGCAAUGAGCUUCGAGCACGAAGACGCUGCAUUCCGAAGCAUUGGUCGAAGAAUGUUUAAUUUUAAGCUGGCGAAUGCUAUACGUGGCACGGCAUACUUCUUCGCACCAAGGAUUGUAAGCUUGUUUAAAUUGAGAUUCUUUGAAAAGGGUAUCAACGAGUUUUGUCGCGAUGCCUUUUGGGAUGCAAUCAAUGAAAGACGGCGUACGGGCGCAAAGCGUAAUGACAUGGUUGAUAUUAUCAUCGAAAUGUUGAAAACUAAUGAAUUUGAGGGUGAUGAAGCUGUUGCGCAGGCUGUACAGUUUUUUGCAGCUGGUUUUGAAACAACAAGUUCAACUAUUUCGUUUGCUCUGUAUGAAUUGGCUUUGAAUGAAAAUUAUCAGACUAAACUACGAAUGGAAAUUAAACAAAUGAGGGAAGAUCAUUCAGAGUUGGAUUAUGAAGCGAUUAAAGAUCUUAAGUUUUUGGAUCAGGUUGUUAAAGAAACUUUAAGAAAAUAUCCAGUUUUACCAUUCCUGGAUAGACGUUGCAUGGAGAAUUACGUUUCUCCGAAUAAAGACUUAGUAAUCGAGAAGGGAACACCAGUUUAUAUUCCAAUUAAAGCUCUGCAUUAUGAUGAACAAUACUUUAAGAAUCCGGAAGUUUUUGAUCCUGAACGCUUUACUGAUGAGAAUGCAGCCAAGAUUCAGCCUUAUUCUUAUCUACCGUUUGGUACUGGACCUCAUAAUUGUAUUGGUGAACGUUUUGGUCUGAUGGGAAGUAAAAUUGGUAUAAUUGAAAUUAUAUCCAACUUUUACUUGGAAUGCAGUGAAAAUACCCCGCAACCUAUUGAAUUUGAUCCAAAAAGUUUCAUUCUGCAACCUGUUGGAGGAUUGCCAUUGAAAUGUAUUCCUAUUCACCGGAAAAUGUCUAUGGCUGGUGUACAAGUUUCACAAAAAGUAGCCGCCAUGCUGGUCCAGUUCCUAAAUUCAGUAGUGUCGUCCAUAUUAAUCUAUGGCUUGUACGUCUUGGCGGCCACAAUCAUCAUCGGCAUUUUUGCUUAUAAAAUAAUCCUAUGGCAACGGUUUAAAUUCUGGAAAGACAAAAACAUCGAACAAGUUCCGCCGAUUUUCCCCAGCGGUAACUUCCAUGAUGUUUUACUACAGAAGAAAUCAAUCGGAGAGUUCCUCGCUGAUUUAUACAAGUAUUCCAAAGCAGAGAUUACUGGAUUUUAUAUCUUUCAUACACCGCAUAUUCUUGUACGGUCACCGGAUAUAAUAAAACAAGUGUUAGUGAGUGAUUUUGGUUAUUUUCACGAUCGUACAAUCGCCAGUGAUGAACGUGCAGAUUCCCUCGGAUCGAAAUUGUUACUCAACGUGAAAAACCCGGAAUGGAAGGUGAUGCGACAAAUAACACCGAUAUUCACCACGUCAAAGAUACGUGGUAUGAGUGAACAUGUUGUUAAAUCCAGCAAGGAUUUAAUUAAAUAUUUAGAUGAGAAUCACCAUAAAGGUGCAUUGGAAUCAAAGGAAUUGUGUGCUAAAUUCACUACGGAUGUUAUUACUUCCUGUGCGUUUGGUGUUGAAGCAAAUUGUUUCAAUGAUGAAGAUGCCCCGUUCAGGGAAGCUGGACGUCAAUUGAUUGAUACUACUUUUAUGAAUGGAGUCAGAUUUAUGUGUUACUUUUUGUUACCGGUUGUUGUGCGUAUAUUUAGGGUGCCAUUCUUUCAUCGUGGCACCAUGCAGUUUUUAAAGGAUGCAUUUCUGCAAACAAUUGGGCAUAGAGAAGCAGUUGCUGGAGGACCACGUGGUGAUUUGAUAGAUAUCAUCAUUGAGUUGAAGAAGAAUAAAGAAUUAGGAGGAGGAAUUAAGUUUGAGGGUGAUCGUGUUGUCGCUCAAGCAAUUCAGUUCUUUGCUGCUGGAUUCGAAACAACAAGUGCAACAAUAUCCUUCGCUUUGUAUGAACUCGCCUUGCAUCCCGAAAUGCAAGAUGAAGCUCGUCAAUGUGUCCAGGAUUUAGUCAACAAAGGAGAAAAACUUAACUAUGACACUAUGUUACAGUUAACAUACCUAGAUCGUAUUGUUUUGGAAACUUUGAGAAAAUAUCCAUCGUUACCGUUUUUGGACCGUCGGUGUAAUAAAGACUUUACAAUUGAUUCAGGCGAGACUAUUCCUAAAGGAACACCGAUAUUUAUCCCAUCAAUUGGAUUACAUUAUGAUAAAGAACACUUUCCUGAUCCACAUAGGUUUGAUCCAGAUCGUUUUCUACCGGAAAAUGCUAAAAACCGUCAUCCUUUUGUUUUUCUACCUUUUGGAAAUGGUCCCCAUAACUGUAUAGGAGAACGUUUCGCUAUGAACGCAGUGAAAAUUUGUCUCUCACAUCUGUUAUUGAAGUAUAAAGUUGAACCUUGUGUUGACACACCAAUUCCGAUUGAAUUCUCGCCGAAAUCGUUUGCUCUGGUGGCAACUAAAGGAGUUCCAUUGCGAUUUGUUAAAUUGGUUAACUAAUUUUAUGCAAUCUACAGAAUCGUCCAUUUUGUAGACCUGGUUGAGGAAUCACACGAAUAAAAUGACAUUUUAAAGGUGAAGAAAUGUUUUACUCCGACUAAUAUUCAAUGUAAACAAUUUUAUACAACAAUACAUUAUAAAUCAGAUCGUUGGCGAUCGCAUCAUAUAUAAUUAGAGAGAUGACUAGUAUUGUGAUAACAUAAUAGAUCUAUGCAUGUAUAAUAUAAAUAUAUGAAGGUGCGAAAACCGGUUAAUAACUUAAAUAA